AACAAACAGUCGAUAAGUCGAUCUAUAAAGUGACAUAUCAAUAAAUAUUUAUUUAGCACUAAGUGUUUUUGUUUAUAAAAUCUUAAAAACAACAACCAUGGCUCGUUUUAUGAUUGCUUUAUCCCUGGCGGUUUUAAUCGUCGCCGUAACCGCCACUCCCUACGGUGCCGGAGGACACGGAAGCAGUGGCGGCGGACACGGCUCCGGGCUUGACUCCGGUUUUGGGGGGCACGGAAGCCGCGGCAGUGGACUUGGAGGCAGUAGUUUUUCCAGUGGUAGCCACGGUGGCGGACUUGGAGGUGGAAGCAGAGGCCAUGGAGGCCUAGGCGGAUCUGGAGGUUUUGGAGGCCAAGGAGGCCUUGGUGGUGGACACGGAGGCGUUGGAGGCGGACAUGGAGGUCACAGUGGCGGAGGACGUGGAGGACAUGGCGGCAGUCAUUACUAGAUGAAAUAUAAAAGAGAACUCUCUGCAAAAUUUGUUUGGAAUCUGUGAUUUCCGUUACUUUAUGCCAGCCAGAAAU